UGUGAGUGAGUGAGUGAGUGUGAGUGAGUGAGUGUGUGUUUAUGUGUGCGUAAACACGGCUCUGCCGGCGGCUCAUGGUCGGACAGAGGACCAGGACGAGGACCAGGACCAGGACCAGGCGUGGAUGCAGCGGCAGCAGAGACAGAGACAGACAGUAUCAGGCUGAAUCGCGCGCUCACAUGUGGAGAUGGCAACAUCAGCAGCAGCAGCAGCAGCAGCAGCAGCGGCAGCUUCAUCUUCAUCUUCAUCAUCAUCAGCAGCAGCAGCAGCAGCAGCAGCAGAGUCGACCCGCAGAUUCACCAAGAACCUGCUGAAACCAGGCAGCGCGGCGGAGAUGAGACAGACGGCGAGUAACGCAGUCAGACAGUCCGCACUGACGCAGGAGAAGCCUAAACUGAUCGAUCCUCUGGAUUAUGAGUCGGUCAUCUCUGAACUGUGGGACGAGCUGAAGGACGAUCCUCUCAGAGAGCUGCUCCUCUUCCCUGAUCAUGAUUUCUCUGUGUCCACGGUUCCUCAGGACAGACGCACUCUCAGGUCAACUGUCCCUGAAGGGACAGAGCUGCAGUCUGAGUGUCUGCUGGUCAGACAGGCCUGUAAGUAUUACAACUCUGAGCUGAAUGUGGUCCAGUUCAAGUAUGAUGAAUAUGCUGGAGAUUACCGUCUGCUGCCCAGGAAAAUGUACAAAGCAGAGAAACUUCCGUCUCAUUCCUUUGAGAUCGACCAUGAGGACGUGGACAAAGACGAGGACACGACGUCUCUGUCCUCGUCUAAAGGAGGAGGAGGUGGAGGAGGAGGAGGCGGAGGGAUGGGUGUGUUCAGGUCUGGUUGGCUUUACAAAGGCAACUUUAACAGCACAGUCAAUAACAGCAUCACUGUUCGGUCUUUUAAGCGCAGAUAUUUCCAGCUCACACAGUUAACGGAUAAUUCUUACAUCAUGAACUUCUACAAAGACGAGAAGAUUUCUAAAGAACCAAAAGGCUGCAUCUUCCUGGACUCGUGUACCGGUGUAGUUCAGAACAACCGUCUGAGGAAACACGCCUUUGAGCUGAAGAUGAACGAGGUGACGUACUUCGUCCUGGCGGCAGAGAGCGAGCAGGACAUGGAGGAGUGGAUCAGCACUCUGACAAGAAUCCUGCAGAUCAGUCCUCACGACGGACCAGCGCCGGACCGCAAGAGUCUGGACCUCACUGACCAUCGACAGGACGUGUUCGACCUGUCGCUGAGUGACGGCUGUUUGCAGGAGAACGAAGAAACGACCGAGAACGGAAUCAAUCCAGAGCUGGCAAAGUAUAUUUCAGAGACAGAUGAAGGAAUUCGCUCGGCCAGAAGAGAAGAGCGACUGAACCUGUUCUCCCUCGACCCCGACACUCCGGUUCUGAGAAGCCCUCGCACCGAACAUCCGUCCAGUGAAAACACGACAGUUCGUCCGUUUGAGGAGAAACUGGGCAGAAGAUUCAUGAUCACGUGUCGGUCGUUGAAUCUGCUGCUGCAGAGCUGCAUCAGUGAGAGCGACACUGGACCGCUGACUAAUAUCGAACCCUUCUUCGUUUCUCUGGCUCUGUUCGACGUACGAGAAGGAAGGAAGGUGUCGGCCGACUUUCACGUGGACCUGAACCAGGAGGAAGUUCGUCAGAUGAUCGGAGGCUGCAGUAACGGCACGGGCAGUCUGGGACCUGCACCUGGACCUGGACCUGGACCUGGAUCUGGAGGUCAAGAGAACGGCCUGAGUUCUCCUGCUGAGAAGAAACCAGGAGACUGUCUCCUGAGCUCAGAUCUGGACUCCUGGCUCUGUUUCCCUAACCAGGCCAUCUUCUCAGUGACCAACCCACACACGGACAUCGUCAUGGUGGCCAGAGUGGAGAAGGUGCUGAUGGGAAAUAUUGCCUGUGGAGCUGAACCUUAUAUCAAGAAUACAGAUUCUAGCAAAAUUGUUCAGAAGAUUUUAAGGUCCAACAAACAGUUUUGCAGUAAACUGGGAAAGUACCGUAUGCCGUUUGCGUGGUCUGUCCGGUCGGUGUUUAAGGACAACCACGGAGCUCUGGACCGAGAGUCUCGUUUCUCUCCGCUCUUCAAACAAGAGAGUAACAAGAUUUCCACAGAUGAUCUGAUUAGGCUGGUGGCAGAAUACAGGAGAGCUGAGAAGACCAGCAAAUUGCAGACUAUCCCUGGGACUCUGGACAUCGCCAUGGACUACGUUCCAAUGGAGCAUCCAAACUGUGUGACGUCCUCGUACGUUCCGGUGAAGCCCUUCGAAGAUCUGGCCAAACACCAGCCGACAGUGGAGGUGGAGGAGUUUGUCCAGGACUCCAGCAGGUUCACGCAGCCGUACCGGGUCUACAGAAACCACAUCUACGUUUACCCCAAACACCUGAAAUACGACAGCCAGAAGAGCUUCGCCAAGGCUCGUAAUCUUGCCGUCUACGUAGAGUUUCGUAGCUCAGAUGAAGAAGAUGCCAAACCUUUAAAGACCAUCUACGGUAAACCAGGAGGUCCAGUGUUCACCACAGCAGCCUGCUCCACGGUUCUGUAUCACUCACAGAAUCCGGACUUCUACGAUGAGGUGAAGAUCGAACUUCCAACCCAACUUCAUGAAAAGCACCACCUUCUUUUCUCCUUUUACCACGUCACGUGUGACAUCAACGCAAAGACAAACGCCAAGAGGAAAGAAGCUCUGGAGACUCCAGUGGGGUUCUCUUGGCUUCCUCUCCUCAAAGACGGACGUUUGUCGUCUCAGGAGUUCAGCGUUCCCGUCUCCUGUAACCUGCCUCCCGGUUACCUGAGCAUCAAAGACGCCAGCAGCUCGAAGAGCGCAGCAGACGUGAAAUGGGUCGAUGGAGGAAAAUCGAUUUACAAAGUCUCAACAAACGUCGUCUCGACAGUUUAUACUCAGGAUCUUCAUCUGAACAGAUUCUUCCAGCAGUGUCAGAGACGAGAGCUGGACCUCUCAGCGCCUCCGACCUCCAACUUCCUCAACUGCCUGAAGGGUCUCCUCAGCAUGGAGAGAAUCCCAGUCAUCAUCCGUUUCCUGCCCGUUCUCUUCAACCAGCUGUUCAAGGUUCUGACCCAGAAUGACGAUGACGAGGUCACUAGUGCCACCACCAGAGUUCUGGUUCAUAUUGUUGCAAAGUGCCAUGAAGAAAACCUGGAUCAUUAUCUGCACUCCUAUAUCAAGUUUGUGUUUAAAUCUGAGGCUCACGGCUUCAGAACGGUCCACGAGGAGCUGGCCAAGGGGAUGACCUUCGACCUGAAGAGUAACGAGCAGGCGGCCGUCAGGAACGUCCUGAAGUUCUCCUGGUUUUUCUUUGAGCUGAUUGUUAAAUCCAUGGCUCAACAUCAGGUCGACACAGACAAGCUAAAGCUUCCUCGUCCUCAGCGUUUCCCGUCGUCGUACCAGAGCCGCGUGGAGACGCUGGUGGAGACCAUGUCCGAACACAUCUUCUGGAAGAACAAAGAACUGGCAGAGGAGACGCGCAGCGCUAACUUAGCUGUAGCUGCUUUUGUCAAACGCUGCUUCACUCUGAUGGACCGAGGCUUUACAUUCAAACUGAUCAGCAACUACAUCAACAUGAUCACGGCCACUGACAGCACUGACAAGAAGGAACGGCGGAAACAAAAAUCGAGGAGUAACCUGGCAGAUAGCUCUCGUCCUCUCCACACUCAGUUUGAGCCUUUGAGCUCUGGGUGGCACUACAGAUUUCCCCUGGCAUCUAAAAAUGUUUUGUGUGAGCUGAAAUUUGACUUCUUGAGGGAAGUGUGCAACCAUGAACACUACAUUCCUCUCAGUCUGCCUUUACCUUCUGCUCGCAUCACAGAUCAUGCUUCUCCAGAGCCACAAAGCACUCAUGUGUCGGUGCCCGAGUACAACCUGACUGGAGAGUUCUGCAGGAAGCACUUCCUGACGGGCUUGCUGCUCCGGGAACUGGGUCUUGCUCUGCAGGACGAGCAGGACCUGAGACACUUAGCUUUGGCCACACUGAAGACGCUGAUGGCCAAACACUCGCUGGACUCACGCUACGCCACCAAGGAGAAGCAGGCGAGGAUUGCGUCUCUGUAUCUUCCUCUGUACGGCCUGAUCCUUGACAACAUGCCUCGAUUCUUCCUCAGGGACAUUUUCCCCAUUUACUUCACCUCCAGUGACCAAGGAUCACGUGACGACCUCAGUGUGGGAGGGGGAGUGGCUGGAGGCGGGGUUACUGUUUCUCGCAAUGGAAACUCAGUGGACGCUUCUUUUUCUAAGGAAGUUCUGAACUCCAUCACAGCUUUCUCAUCCUUGGCGGUUGCCGGGGGAAACCAGGCCGACUGUCGCGGUUCUCUGAUCAGUGUGGACUCAAACCCCAGCAACAGUGACAGGAACAGCGAGAAGAUGGAUGGAUGUGAGAAGUUUGCUCGGCCUCAGUCUCUGAUUGGCUACGGUUCUCGCUGUGAUAAGUUGGACCAGGCGGAGACGCGGAGCCUCCUCAUGUGUUUCCUGCACAUCAUGAAAACCAUUUCUGAAGACGUGCUGGUGUCGUACUGGCACCGAGCCAUUCACCAGGAGAUCUCUGACUUCUUCAACAUCCUGGAAUUGUGUCUUCAGCACUUCCGGUUCCUCGGGAAACGUCACAUAGCGAGGAAGCAGGCAGCGGCGGUAAAGCUGGCGCAGUCCACGCAGGCCAAUGGCAUGCUGAAGGGUUCUAACCAUCCGUCCCAGUCCUCACAGUCCUCACAACCCUCCAGCCUCUUCCCACAAUGGAUGGCUUCGUCUGGAGGAGAGAGUCACCGUCACGCUCGCUCUCAGACCAUGCCCAUCAUCAGAGGCAAGAACGCACUGACCAACCCCAAACUGCUGCAGAUGAUGGAGACAGACGGAACGAUUCAGGACGGAGACUCGCUGAGUCCAAACGACGUGGAGGCAAAUCUGUCCACGGAGGUCGCUCUGACCGUGCUGGACGUCCUCGAGCUGUUUGUCCACCAUCACAAGAAGCAGCUGUCUCUGGACGACGGUCAGAACGCUCUGAUGAAGAAGGUGCUGGACACUUUCUUCCUCUUCUUUCAGAUCAACCAGUCCACGGCCACGCUGAGACACGUCUUUGCUGCUCUCAGACUCUUUGUGCAGAAGUUCCCCAGUGCGUUCUUCCAGGGAAAGGCCGACCUGUGUGGAUGUCUGUGCUAUGAAAUCCUGAAGUGCUGUAACCAUCGCUCCAGCGCCACACAGACGGAGGCGGCUGCUCUGCUCUACUUUGUCAUGAGGAAGAACUUUGAGUUCACUAAGGGGAAGUCUAUAGUUCGCUCACAUCUGCAGGUUAUUAAAGCAGUGAGUCAGCUGAUAGCAGACGCUGGGAUCGGAGGCUCCAGGUUCCAGCAGUCACUGGCUAUCAUCAAUAACUUUGCUAAUGGAGACGCUCCACUCAAGAACACACCUUUCCCCGCCGAGGUGAAGGACCUCACCAAGCGGAUCCGGACGGUUCUGAUGGCCACAGCUCAGAUGAAGGAGCAUGAGAAGGAUCCAGAGAUGCUCGUGGAUCUUCAGUACAGUUUAGCAAACUCUUACGCCAGCACGCCGGAGCUGCGGCGCACCUGGCUGGAGAGCAUGGCCAAAGUCCACGUCCGCAACGGCGACCUCUCAGAGGCUGCCAUGUGCUACAUCCACAUCUCUGCUCUGAUCGCUGAGUCACUGAAGAGGAGAGGCUACUGGAGAGCAGACAAGUCCAGGAUCUCCAGUGUUUCCCCUGAAGAAAGUCCUGUCUUUAACUGUAGCUCCUUACUAACUUCCUCCAGAGACCCUGACACGUCGUUCUCUCUGGGCUGGGCAGCGUUUAUGUGCAUCAGCCCCAACGUGAAGGAGGAGGGCGCCAUGAAGGAAGACACGGGGACACAGGACACGCCCUACACCGAGGACACUCUGGUGGAGCAGCUGGAGUUGUGUGUGGAUUAUCUGUGGAAGUCUGAGCGCCAUGAACUCAUCGCUGACAUCAACAAACCUGUGAUCACUGUCUUUGAAAAGAGACGCGAUUUUAAGCGACUGUCAGAACUGUACUACGACAUCCAUCGCUCUUAUCUGAAGGUCACUGAGGUCGUGAACUCAGAGAAACGACUCUUCGGUCGUUACUAUCGCGUUGCCUUCUACGGUCAGGGGUUCUUUGAGGAGGAGGAGAGUAAAGAGUUUAUCUACAAAGAGCCAAAGCUGACCGGUCUGUCAGAAAUCUCUCAGCGGUUACUGAAACUCUACUCUGACAAAUUUGGAGCUGAUAACGUGAAGAUGAUCCAGGAUUCUAACAAGGUAAAUCCUAAAGACUUGGACCCAAAGUUCGCGUACAUCCAGGUGACGUACGUGGUUCCGUACUUUGACGAGAAAGAGCAGCAGGAGAAAAGGACGGACUUUGAAAGACACCACAACAUCAACCGCUUUGUGUUUGAGACGCCGUUCACUCUGUCAGGAAAGAAACAUGGAGACGUGGAGGAGCAGUGCAAGAGACGCACCAUCUUAACCACCAGUUCCAGUUUCCCGUACCUGAAGAAGAGAAUCCAGGUGGUGGAGCAGCAGAGCACUGAGAUGAAUCCUAUAGAGGUCGCUAUAGACGAGAUGUCACGUAAGGUGUCUGAACUCAACCAGCUGUGCAACAUGGAGGAGGUGGACAUGAUCCGACUGCAGCUGAAGCUACAGGGCAGCGUCAGCGUCAAGGUGAACGCAGGACCGAUGGCUUAUGCCCGAGCGUUUUUAGAGGAGAAAAAUGCCAAGAAAUAUCCAGACAACCAGGUCAAACUGCUCAAGGAGAUCUUCAGGCAGUUUGCAGAAGCGUGUGGUCAGGCUCUGGACGUGAACGAGCGUCUGAUCAAAGAAGAUCAGCUGGAAUAUCAGGAGGAGAUGAGAGCUCACUACAGAGACAUGCUGAGUGAACUGUCAAUCAUCAUGAACGAGCAGCUUGAGAAAAGUGUUGUUGUCUGCAGCGCCACCUGUCUGUCUCACAGCUCUCUGUCUCUGUCUAAGACUGAUUCCACACACAAGACAACCAGGAACGGAACGACACAGCGGAUACUGAACGUUCAGUGACUCUUCUGAGACUUUCCUCAACAACAAAGCUGAUGACUGGAUUAUUCAGAUUACACACUCACACACAGAUUAAAACAUACAUGUUCACAUUCAUACACAACAACAACAACAACAUGGGCCUUCUCUCCUAAACCCCGCCCCUUUAGUGAACUCUGACCUUGCCGAGGUCGCGGUGCGUUCACUUGAAUGUUUGAAUUUCUGGUGCAUUUUAAAAACAUUUUUAUUUGAUAGUGUCGAUGAUAAUAAUCUGAAAAGCAUUUACAUGAACCGAGGACACGCCCCCCCCCACUUCCUGUCUGAAUGUAGAAACAGCUCCACCUGGUGGCCGUGUCCUGGAAACAUCAUCCUGCCAAUUUUCAAACAGAAACAACAAAAGAAUAAUAAUUAUGUUUUGUAACAUU